AUGGAGCGGCUCAUCCUCACCCACCUCCGCUCUGUGGUCAGCCCCACCCUGGACCCGCUGCAGUUCGCCUACAGGCCCAACAUCGGAGGAUCUGCUGUAACCUCCUCCAGCCACAUCCGGCCGCAGGUUGAAUUCCGGAAGUGGCAGACGAUAGGAGCGCACGCGCUGGCUUUACUUCCGUGGUGUUUCCGUGUUUACUGGGGAAAUCCCAUCAUUUUCCACCCGGUUCGACGUGAAGGGAAGGAGAUCAACCAAAGCAGGUGCCUCUAUAUGACCAGGCCUGACUGA